CUGUCAGAGCAGGCCGAGUGGAAGGACAUUGUGCCGAUCGACCAAGACGACGGCGUUCACCCGAUCUGCCCAAUCGCAUACACGGCCGACUACAAGGAACUCAUGGGGUACUUCCGGGCAAUAAUGAGCACCGGCGAGAUCUCCCCUCGUGCCUACAGGCUAACCAGCCGAGUGAUUCAAGAAAACCCAGCGCACUACACAGUCUGGGUAUACCGCAAGAAACUCCUGGAGGAGCUGCAGAUUUCAGUGGAAUCUGAGCUUGAUUGGCUCGAGGGUGUCGCACAGCAGUACCCGAAGAACUACCAGCCGUGGCAUCACCGGCAGAUGCUCCUCACGAUGCUCCUUGACCCCGCGGUGUUUGCCGGAAUGAGCGAGGACCAACGGGUGUGUCAUCCGGCGAUCCGCCGUGAGCUGCGAUUCCUGGCGAACGCAAUUGACGUCGAGUCGAAGAAUUUCCACGCUUGGUCGUACCGCCAGUGGCUUGUCCGAAGGUAUGGAAUUUGGGAUCAGGAGCGGGUAUUCCUGACAACCAUGAUUGACCAAGAUGUGCGCAAUAAUUCUGCAUGGAACCAAAGGUACUUUGUGUUGGUGCGUGGAGCUGAGGACCCCCAAAACGUUGAAUUGUUGGAUCAAGCCUCCCUGAUAGAGGAAAUUGAGUUUGCCCUGGAGAUGGCCAGAAGGGCGCCGAAUAAUGAAAGUCCCUGGGCGUAUAUUGUUGGACUGAUGCUAAGGCAUGCACCGGAGAAAAUGACAACG